AUAAAUAUCAGACUUAUAAUGGAGAUAAAAAAAAUAUAAGAAAAACAGAAUAUUGAUUACUUUCAUUUAUUUUAACAUAUAUAUUUUCAUUCUCUAAAUUAUGGUCAUUUUUGUGAAUAGGGCACCAGAAUUCAAGCAUCAUUUCCAGGGUAUUCAUGCCAGAAUAUUGCUGCUAAACUAAGGGAAGGAGGGUUAUUUUGCAUUAGGAAUUUUCUUGUGAGACCAAACAAUCUCAAGAACAAGACUACCAAUCACCAAUUUAGGCUCACCAUGGUUGCCAAAACUGAAAUGUUUGAAGUCACAGAUUCUAAAUUCAAGUAUUUUAUGUUUGCAUUUAAGAAUUUUGAUGAGAUAGCAAGGCUUGACAGAGCUGUUGAAGAAACAUUUUUUGGUACUCCCUCCGUCCCAUGUUCCUCGCACUUUUCAUUUUAUGCCGUAAAUUUGGGAUUGAUUUUUUAGUUUAAUUAAAUUAGAAUUUUAAGAGUAACGAGACAUCACUUAAUAAAUGAGCUUUUAACUUAAACUAACAUAUUAAUUAAAUGCAUUAAUUCUAACUUAAACUAUAAAUAGCGUAAGAAGUUUGUGACGAGCCCAAAAGCAAUAGUGCAAGUAACAUGGGACGGAGGGAGUAUUAUGUUUACAUAUUUUUAGGUAUUUUGUUACUUUAUAUUUUUGUAGAUAUUCAUUUUUCAAUUUUGUUGAUGUAAUAGGAGUGAUUGUUGCACCUGGGAGAGUUUUAUGUCAGCCUAAAUAUAGACUUAUAGAGGUUGAAAUUGAAGAUGAGAAAGUAAGUUUGAAAACAAUGUUGAAAAUUAAGAAUCAAGGUUUCUGAUUUUAUUAAUCUUUUUUCCCUUUUAUUGCAGUCAUAACAUGAUCUUUUGCACAAUUUGGGAUGCAAACAUUGAUUCUUAUCUUCAACAGUUGGAGAAAAGUAAAGGAACAUUGCCUAUAAUAAUUGUUCAAUUUUGCCGGCCAAAUAUGUUUAGAGGUAAUAUGUUUAACUAAUAUUUAUUUUUCUGUUUGUUUUUAGUUUUUUUUCUAUUAGUUUUUAAUUUGUUUUAAUUUCUGUAAGUUUUUUUAAUCAUUAUUUCAAUAACUGUAUUUUUUAAGUGAGAUGCGUGUGUCUACACAUUUUAAUUCCUCCCAAGUUUUAUCAAUGCUGAUAUAAGUGAGGUUAAGCAGUUUAGAAGCAGGUAUGAUAACAAUGUUAUUGAAUUUUUUAAACGUAUUGUAAUAAUAUAAUGUCAUUAAUUUUAACAUUCUUAUAUUUAAUUUAUUGUUUUAGGAUAUUUGGGGAUCCAACUUUCAUGAGUAUGGUGUCAUUAGGUGAAGUUGGAAAGAAUAUAAAUAGUGAGUUUGAUGACCUGCAACUGAAGAGUCUGGAGGAUGUCUUGUGUCCUGAGAGUGGUUCAUAUUGGGUGUUUGGAAGGGUUAUUUAUGUGGAAUGUCACUAUGGUCAAUGGUUUUAUGAGUCCCGCAAGAUUUGUGUGAAGAAGCUUGAACAAGUUGCCCUUGGGAAGUAUUAUUAUGUGCGUUGUAAGAAGAUUUUUGGUUAUGCCAAAAGGAGGUACAAAUUUGUUCUAAAUAUUUUUGAUGACACUAGCAAUGUUUCACUUCUGCUUUGGGAUAGAGAGGCUAUUCAGCUAUUGGAUUUGAAAGUUGAAGACAUUGUUAAUGCAGAUGAGGUAUAUAUAAUAAGAAACAAAGCUAUAGUGUUUAUAAUUUGUAUAUAUCUUAUAGUAUCUUUUAUUUUUGUUGCAGAUUCAUUUAACUGAUUUCAUUCCUAGGAGGAUAGAGGACAUGCUUUGUUGACAGAAUUUUCCGUUUAAAGUCCAACUAAAUGAUCAUUUUGAUUAUCAAGUUAGCUAUCCAUUUACUGUGAAUAAAGUCUGAAAAACUCCUGAAAUUGUUGAAAAAUAUAUCCCUGAAGGUUUUGUUUCAGAACCUAUUAGUUCUCAGGUGAAGCUGUCUAGUCUAUUGUUUGGAGAUGAUCUUGCUGAGGUAUUUAUUUCAAUUAUUAUUAUUAUUCUAUUUGUUUUAUUCUAUUAUUAAUUUUUUUACGUUACAAGUCACUCAGAAAAGCUUUCAAACACCAAACUUGUCCAGUAUAGAGAAUGACAAUAAUUCUAAAUGGAUUGAGGAAGGCACUGUGAAGAGAUGCUUGGAUAUUGUGUUUGAUGCAUGUGAAGAUGACAUUGAUUUUGAGGCUCUUAAAAGGCAGAAAGUGAAUGGUGGAGAGUAGAUCCUCAUAAAGAUAUUUGGCUUGUGUUUUGAAGUUAUGACAAUGUUUAAGUUUUGUUAUUUGGGAUCAUAUUUUUAGCUUAUUAUUGAGCUUUUAAGCUUAUGACUUAUGAUUUAUUGUUAUGUUUUUUUUUAUAUUCUAUUUAAGUUUUUUUUUAUAGUGGUUCAUUAUACCAGUUUUAUUAAAUGUUUUUACAGGACGGUUUGGAUAUUUUUAAUCUCUUUUCUCUUAGGUUUACAGAGUAUGCUUUACAUAUUAAGAAAUUUUUAGUGUACUUUUACUGUCAGCUUCAUUUGUUAGACAAAAGCGUGUUCAAUCUGAGUAUACUUAACCUGAUCUUUUUACUAAACAUGCAUGUGAUAGAGAUUAUCCCUAUCAGUCACGAGAACCCCGCAAGAGCAUUUUCCAGUUCACAAUCACUCAAUGUUAGUGGGCGCACGGGUUCACUAAAGGCGGUGAGGGCACUUGGUGGGUAGCUAAUCAUUUCAAGAAUAAGUAUACUUGCUGUAUACUUACUUAAGCUAACAUAACAGAGCCCAAGUUCAUACAAAGCAGAAUGUAAGACGGUAACUAACACGUGGAAAACAAUCUGCAAUUCUGAAGAGUUUUAAACUAAGUGUCAAUACAUACUUUUGAGUUCA